UGCAGAGGAGAAGACUCAGUCACUCAGUCACCAGGAGAUGUGAUCGCUACUGAGGGAGAACAGGUCACACUGGACUGUCAAUUUGAUACUCUAGAUACAAAUCCAUUCCUGUUCUGGUACAAGCAGGGAGCUAAUGACUUCCCAAAGUAUAUGCUGAGGAGGACAACUUUUGAAUCAGAUAAUGCCAUUGACUUCCAGGGGAGAUUCAAUGGCCAUCUCAAUUUAACAAAAUUUUUAUCAGCAUCAAAAUCAGUCCCCUUGACGAUCCAGAGGUUGCAGCUGUCUGACUCUGCUGUGUACUACUGUGCUCUGAGGCCCACUGUGACAACAGGAUAUACAGCCCCCCUACAAAAACUAGUGUAGCCUUGGCACUAGUGUAGAAAAAAUGCAAGCCUAACUUCUGUGUUGGGUGUGAUGUUAGCAGGGAUGUAGACCUCACACAGAAGAACAUUUCAGAGGAGAAUGAACUUCACAUUUUAGUCAUUUAGCAGACUCUUUUAUCCAGAGUGACUUACAGUGAGUGCAUACAUUUUUCAUACUGGCCCCCCGUGGGAAUUGAACCCAAAACCCUGGCGUUGCAAACACCAUGCUCUACCAACUGAGCUACACAGGGCCUGUAGCUGAAUGAAUGCAUGCAAACAUCAGUCUGAAGAUGGAGAAAUCAAUCAGUGUAUUGAUCAUUCUGAUUAUGACUACAGGUAAACAAUACCUAAGCAAUACCUAACUCCUUCCAUCCUUAUAAUCAGAUUAUUCAAUUAUUGUAUUGGUAGUAAAACAUAUUUUGAUGAAGUAAAGUCAUUUAAAUGUGAAAAAUAAGCAUGUGUUUUCAAUCAGCUUUUAUUAUCUAUUUUUCCUCUGCAGGAAUGGUAUCUGGAGAUAGUGUGACUCCUAACAAGGAGGAGUACACCCCCACUGAGGGAUCAUCCGUGUCUCUGAGCUGUACAUAUGAAACAAGCAGCAGUAUCAUCUACCUUUACUCAUACCAAAAAUAUACUAACCAGGCACCUCAGUACCUACUGUAUAAAGGCGCCAGAGCAAAUAGUGUUGACCAUAUCUCUAAUCAUCGAUAUGAAUCUACAUCAUCCCAAACGUCAACUACACUCACAAUAAAAUAAGUAACUCUGGCAGACACAGGUCUCUACUACUGUGCCCUGAAGGACACCCAGUGAUACAGAGUCUCUGAGAGGAUGUACAAAAACUACUACACUGAUAAAUGACUUGUUUUAGAUGAGCUUGUUAGUUAUUUCUUGACCACAGUUCAUUAUCAGGCAGUAGAGGGUCUGUAAAUUAGAUUAUUGUGGUAACAACUGUUAGAGUAAAGCAAAAACACAUUUAGGAUAACGGGGGAAACUUGUAUUAUAUACAAAUUAGAAAAUAUAUGAAUAUGGAAACCAAAUCAUAUGAAAAUGCAUUUUUCUUCCUGUUUUUUCUCCAACAGUCUUGAGGAGGAUGUGAUACAUGGUGGCAGUGUCAAGCUUUCCUGCAACUACACAGUAUCUGGUGGAGGCAGUGUCUUAUAGUAUUACCAAUAUCCCACAUCUGCUCCACAAUUGCUCCUCCUCAUCUCAGUGUAAUCAGCAUCUGCUGAGACAAUAGUUACUGCAGACCCACCGUAUCUUCGACUGUCAGUUAACGUUGACAAAGUGGCUGAACGUGUUGAUCUGAAGAUCUCCUCUGCUGAAGUGACAGACUCUGAUCUGUACUACUGUGCUCUGAGGCCCACAGUGACAGGAAACCCAAACACACUGUAUAAUAACUGUACAGAAUCAGGGGAUAACAAUCCUUGUUGUGAACUGUUUCAGAUAUAAUUAUUAUCUGUCAGUUCCAAUUCAGGAUUACAACACCUGAACGCUUAAAGAAGUUCACAUUAUCAGUCCUUCUUCACCCCAAUCAACACCAUUUAAAUCAACAAGAUAUACAGUAUAACUCCCUAUCUUCUGUAGAGGGCCUCACCUCAACAAUACACAAACCUCUAUUUCUCUGAGCAGGUGGCUCCUCCUCCUGACAGUGGAGGUAGUUGCAGGGCAGACAGACAGCAGCCAUACAGAACAUAUCACAUAUCACACCCUGCAGAUCACAGUAAACUGCAUAUCACAUAUCAGUUUAGUAAGCCCUCUUUCCUAGCUGCAUUCUGUCACAAGCACCAUGAUGUUGCUCACUUCAAUCUUACUGUUUUCAGAACUUGUUGGUAAUUAAGGUUUUAUGUAAAGUCAUUUCCACACUCUGGUUUUCAUUCAUUGGUAAAUAUUGGGCUGCUUCAAAUAUAAAAUAAGAGGUUUUCAUAUUUAGUCUCAUGCAUAUUUUCUUCUCUGCCACAGGUGAUACUUUAGAGGAUGAUAUUACCCCAACCAGCCCUGAUGAGAAUUAUUUAGAGGGUAGCAGAGUUAAGCUCUCCUGUAACUAUACAGUAAUAGCAGAUAGUCUGCUGUGGUACAGACAGUACUCUGGAUCAGGUCUCCAAUUCCUUUACCUGGUCACAACUACCAAUAAGUCAUAUGAAGUGAGAGGUGAUCAACAAGACCUUCAACUGUCUGUUACACUGAACAAGGAGAGAACCUGUGUGGAUCUGGAGAUCUCCUCUACUGAAGUGACAGACUCUGAUCUGUACUACUGUGCUCUGAGGCCAACAGUGACAGGAAGGGAAGGAGAGGAGAGGAGAGGAGAGGAGAGGAGAGGAGAGGAGAGGAGAGGAGAGGAGAGGAGAGGAGAGGAGAGGAGAGGAGAGGAGAGGAGAGGAGAGGAGAGGAGAGGAGAGGAGAGGAGAGGAGAGAUUGAGCAUCUUUAGAGCAACUGUACUUUGGGGUGGAGCUUGUAGGUAAACUAAGCAGAAAUUAUCAACAGAAAAUAUUGCAGAUUAAGUUGGUUUGGAAAAAUCAUGUUCUGUUGAGAUAUUAGUCAGUUUGACUUCCAACGCCAGCCAUGUUGUUAAUCUGGUCAAUUAUUAUGUUAUCAGUAAUAGGUCAGUUUUGGCUUUCAAGUAGUGUCAUGUUUUCUGUUUUGAAAAUAAAAAUACAUUUUAUUUCAAUAAAAAAAUUACUCAACGUUAAUCUCUUCCCAUUUGCAGGAGGCAGUUGCGAGCAGACUAUCGAGCCAAACCAACAUGAAGUGUAUGGAGAGGAGGGUAGUAAUGUUCUUCUUUCCUGCAACUACUCCUCAGCGUACAGUCUACUAUGGUAUAAACAGCCUCCAGGAUCAGCCCCCCAAUAUCUUCUGCUCAUCCUGCACUCCACUGGGACUGGAUAUAGAGCUGAAUCUCUUGACUCUCAUUUAUCUGGUAAACUGAACAAAGACAAGACCUUUGUGGAUCUGGAGAUCUCCUCUGCUGAAGUGACAGACUCUGCUCUGUACUACUGUGCUCUGGAGCCCACAGUGACAGGAAUCCUGCCAACACUGUAAAAACACUGCUAUCUAUUCAAGAGGAGGAGCUAAGCUAAGCAAACCACAGGAGGAUGGCAUUUUAGUCUGCCACAGCGGAGUGGUACCUUUGUGUUACUGAUAGCGCUGCUGAACUUCAACCAUCAUGUUCCUCUAUCCACUUUUAUUCAUUUCUGCACUUGUUGGUGAGUUUUCUCAAUGUUCAUUAUAGCCACUGUUUAAACAAGGUUCAAAAUGAAAGAGUAACACUGAUAGUAAGCUGCAGUUCGAAACGUCAAAAUCCAUUGACAAUGUUAGUAAAUAAUGAUUGUGGAGAUGGAUUUGUUCAAAUACCUUAAACAUGAACAGAAUCCAGUGCUCAGAUUCAAUAUAUUUUUCAGGUGGCAGUUACCAGGAUGAAGUUCAACCAGCCACAAAGAUAAUGCAUGGUGAUGAAGGAGGCUUUGUUACACUGUCUUGCAACUACUCUGGUUCACCAUACAACCUCCAAUGGUAUCGACAGUAUCCCAGAUCAGCUCCCAAAUUCCUACUUCUCACUACAGUCUCAUCAAGCCCCUCUGUAGUGAACGCUACUCCUCCAUACCCACGACUGUCAUCUAAACUGAAUAUGGAGAUAACCCGUAUGGAUCUGAAGAUCUCCUCUUCUGAUGUAACAGACUCUGCUCUGUACUACUGCGCCUUGCAGCCCACAGUGACAGGAAACCCAGAAACACUGUACAAAAACCUGACAGCUCAUGAUAGUCAGCCACCAAUUGUGCAAGUUCUCCCACUUAAAAAUAUGAGAGAGGCCUGUAAUUUUCAUCAUAGGUACACGUCAACUAUGACAGACAAAAUGAGAUUUUUUUUCUCCAGAAAAUCACAUUGUAGGAUUGUUAAUGAAUUUAUUUGCAAAUUAUGGUGGAAAAUAAGUAUUUGGUCACCUACAAACAAGCAAGAUUUCUGGCUCUCACAGACCUGUAACUUCUUCUUUAAGAGGCUCCUCUGUCCUCCACUCAUUACCUGUAUUAAUGGCACCUGUUUGAACUUGUUAUCAGUAUAAAAGACACCUGUCCACAACCUCAAACAGUCACACUCCAAACUCCACUAUGGCCAAGACCAAAGAGCUGUCAAAGGACACCAGAAACAAAAUUGUAGACCUGCACCAGGCUGGGAAGACUGAAUCUGCAAUAGGUAAGCAGCUUGGUUUGAAGAAAUCAACUGUGGGAGCAAUUAUUAGGAAAUGGAAGACAUACAAGACCACUGAUAAUCUCCCUCGAUCUGGGGCUCCACGCAAGAUCUCACCCCGUGGGGUCAAAAUGAUCACAAGAACGGUGAGCAAAAAUCCCAGAACCACACGGGGGGACCUAGUGAAUGACCUGCAGAGAGCUGGGACCAAAGUAACAAAGCCUACCAUCAGUAACACACUUCGCCGCCAGGGACUCAAAUCCUGCAGUGCCAGACGUGUCCCCCUGCUUAAGCCAGUACAUGUCCAGGCCCGUCUGAAGUUUGCUAGAGUGCAUUUGGAUGAUCCAGAAGAGGAUUGGGAGAAUGUCAUAUGGUCAGAUGAAACCAAAAUAUAACUUUUUGGUAAAAACUCAACUCGUCGUGUUUGGAGGACAAAUAAUGCUGAGUUGCAUCCAAAGAACACCAUACCUACUGUGAAGCAUGGGGGUGGAAACAUCAUGCUUUGGGGCUGUUUUUCUGCAAAGGGACCAGGACGACUGAUCCGUGUAAAGGAAAGAAUGAAUGGGGCCAUGUAUCGUGAGAUUUUGAGUGAAAACCUCCUUCCAUCAGCAAGGGCAUUGAAGAUGAAACGUGGCUGGGUCUUUCAGCAUGACAAUGAUCCCAAACACACCGCCCGGGCAACGAAGGAGUGGCUUCAUAAGAAGCAUUUCAAGGUCCUGGAGUGGCCUAGCCAGUCUCCAGAUCUCAACCCCAUAGAAAAUCUUUGGAGGGAGUUGAAAGUCCGUGUUGCCCAGCGACAGCCCCAAAACAUCACUGCUCUAGAGGAGAUCUGCAUGGAGGAAUGGGCCAAAAUACCAGCAACAGUGUGUGAAAACCUUGUGAAGACUUACAGAAAAUGUUUGACCUGUGUCAUUGCCAACAAAGGGUAUAUAACAAUGUAUUGAGAAUCUUUUGGAAUUAAUUCAAUCUUAUAUGUGGUUAUAAAGUAUUAUCUAUAAUAUAUAAUAUUAUGUUUUACAGGUCUCAGUUCUGAACAGGUAUUAACACCCUAUACUGAUGUAGAAGUGGCUUCAGAAAGGGACAGAGUUUCUCUCUGUAACUACACCUCUUCUGGUGACAAUCUUCUAUGGUAUCGGCAACAUCCCAAAUCAGCACCACAGUUAGUGGUUAUGAGUAUGUGGAUUAUACACCAGGGUUCACCCUAAAUCAUGAUAAAAAGGCCAAACGUAUGGAUCUGGAGAUUUCCUCUGCUGAGGUGACAGACUCUGCUCUGUACUACUGUGCUCUGAGGCCCACAGUGACAGGAAACCCAGACACACUGUACAAAAACCUAGAACAUCUGAUUGAGGGGAGAAAAUUAUCAACAGGCACAUUAAUUAAUUUGUCCAAAACACUGAGGCCUAGAUUCAAUCAGAACAAGCACUUGCUGUGUCAG